CGGUACCGCCCCCGGCCCAGCUGCCCGCGGGCGCGGCUGGUGACACGUCCGACUGUUGCCUUGGUCUGCCAAAAAAAGGUGCUCAAGCAGUCUGAGGAAAUAGAAAAUACAAUGUGGCCACUUUGGGGACUGGAUGUGAACCGAGUCCAUUGUGACCUGCUCUUCACAGAAGCCAUCAAUCAAAGGAUGCAGGUUCCCAACAGGCUGAAGGUAGCAGAUAGCUUCAGGCCUGUGGAUGAGGAGCCAGUGGCAGAGGAUGUUCCUCCUUCCUCUCAGAUGCACAUCCCUGAUAGGAUUUCUCUUGCAGAAAUACCAGAUACCGGUUUGAAACCCGUCGUGCUGAACCAGCAAAGGAAGGUCCCCUCUGUCAUGGUGCACAUCCCGGACUCCUCAGCACAGCACACCCACCUCAGGGAGCAUGUUUUUCUGCGUGGAGCCAACAGAUCAGGCUCCCAGAAACGCAAACGAUUGGGCCAGCACGGCAGCAGGGUGUGGCAGGAGAGGACCCCAAGUGACUGUGCCCAGCUGGUCUUGCACAGCCCGGGCCAGCACCGUGAACGGCUGGAUGUGUCGCUCCCACCGGCGCAGCGGGCUCCGCUCCCCCUCCUUGCAGAGACGGGCAGGAUCUACUCCGUGCAGAACAUCUUCCAGACCAUGUACCACUUGGGCCAAGUGCUCUUCCACCAUGUUCAGGACUCUCUGCAAGACCCAGUGGUGUCCAGCUCCCAGGAGGCCGGCCCAGCCCCAGAGAGCACCUUGGAGGAGGCUGGGGUGGCUGAGAUGGCAGCAAUGAGAAAGCAGUUGAUGAAGAUCUCGGGGAGGCUCCGUGUGCUGGAGGAGCAGCGCAGCUCCUGGCGGCAGAAGGAGGUCCUGUUCUACUCCGUGCUGAUCUCCACCUGCCUCAUCAACACGUGGCUCUGGCUGAGGAGAUGACUUCCUGUGCCCCGGCCUCCCCUGCCCAGCCCUGGCAGGGUGGGUGAGGGCACCUUUGCUCACGUACCUUGCAGAGAGUAAAACUGUUUCUUCUGAACAUGAUCUGCUUUUUGCACUGUAGGUCCUUGAGGAUCUGUGUCCCUUAGGCCCUGGUGAUGAUGAAGGUGCCAUCCCACUCUGCUGCUCUAGCAUCAGAGGUGGGUUAGUGAAACAAUGAAGCUGGACCUCAUGCCACGAGGGCUGGAGAUGGGUGUUGAGGAGAGGUGGGGAAUAUGGAGUAUGGCCCAAUAGACAUAGUCUCAGGGCUGGGCUCUGGCUGCAAAUGCCCUGUAUACACCAGCAACCAUCUCCUAUGUUUGAUGGGGUCAGUGCUUGUGUGGGAAGCUGCUGUGAAGGGCCCAGACCUCAUAAGAAAUUAGUGGCUGCUACAGGUGUCUAUCCUGUGUAUUACAAUGAGAGACCUUCUGCCCCUUGGGCUGUCUGCUAGAGGAGAUGCAAAACCAAAGUGUUGUGUGUUUGUGGACGUCACUGCAGCUGUUCCUGUGCCACCAUCUCCUUGGCUCCCAUCCUGCUGGGGCCAGUAAUUCUGUUGCUGAGGUCUAAGCUUAUCCAGGAACUUGGCUCUUUCCCAGAGAGAUUUCAAUGGGAAACCUCUCAGUGGUGACUCUCUGGAUUACAAGACUUGGUAUCAACAGUGAUAGCACCAGACAGGCCAUGGAAAAUUGCCCAUUUGGGCAGCAGUAGAUAUUUGUUAGAUUGCCAAUGCCAGAGGGCAGGAUCACUGCCACGUCUGCUACCAAGCUGUAAUUUCAGUGAUGGUGCAAGAACACAGGUGAGGGGGAUUCUUGGCCCAGAUGCUCUUUAGCUAAAAAUACCCAAAACAAACCCACAAAACAAAACCCCAGUUGAACAGCUUUGCUGUUUCUUUCCUUUUGUGGAGUUUAGUAUCACCUGGGUCUGAGAUGACUUUGAGAUGCUUCUGAUGGUUCAUUCAGCACAUCUGCUGGCAUUGUGCUUGCAGGCUCUGGGGGUGGGUUUUGGCAUGGCCUAACAGGACCUUUCUGUUCCACCUCUAAGUAAUUGUAGCUGGAUCUGCAUGUCAUCCAGAUGUUCCAGAAGCUUAUUUACAAACAAGGAUGCUUGGGUGUUUUCUGCCUGCAACUGUGACUGUAAAUCUGGCAGCUGGACAUUGACUAAUAAAUAACUGUCCCACAAGUAAUUGCAGGUCUGAACGUGUGCCUGAGAGCUGAGCUGAGGAGAGCACUGAGAUUUAUUGCAGAUGAGAGCCAGGUUGGUGUGGUGGGCUUGGUGUGUUGUGCCAUGGCAGGGUGUGUGUAAGGGGUGGGAGCACUGGUGCAGGGGUGUUUCCUGGGGUGUGUGGUUUAGGGAUGUGGUCAGGGUUGCCAGGGGACCUUACACAAGGGGUCUGUGUAGGGGGGCUGCUGCUGUGUGACUUGUGCCAGAAAAGCAGGGAAAUCCUUUGGCUGGCUUCUCUGAGAGGCGCAAAUGUGUUUUGGAGGAAGCUUGUGGUUGGUUUGUUUGUUUUUAAAGAUGUAUUUUAGGGUGAGAAGGGCUGGCCCUUUGGGAGACACAUCACCUUCAAAGUAUGGAUUGAAGGUGUUUGGAGGAGAGGUGAUCAAACUCUGUCUGCUCUUAAAGGCUAAUUAUUGGCAGGUUGUAGGGGAUAGAAUAUGAAUUUUACAUAAGGUGUAAAUCUGGAAAUGCUGACCCAUAAAAUGUAUAUUGUAAUAAAACCCAUGUGUUCUGGA